AUGCCUAAAAUUGUUAUUAUUGGUGGAGGCCCUACAGGUCUUGGUGCCGCUGUUCGUCUCACAGAGCUUGGAGAAACAGAUUGGCAUUUAUAUGAUUGCGGUGAAGUUCCUGGUGGAUUGUCUCGCAGCUAUGUGGAUGAAAAGGGAUUUACAUGGGAUUUGGGUGGACACGUUAUUUUCUCCCAUUAUCAAUAUUUCGAUGAUGUCAUGAAUUGGGCAGUUGAAGACUGGAAUGAACUGGAGCGGGAGUCGUGGGUGUGGAUAUUUGGACGAUGGGUUCCUUACCCAUUUCAGAAUAAUAUUCACCGUCUACCAAAAGAAGAAAGAAAAUACUGUUUUGAUGAAUUAGUAAAGGCCCAAACAAAACAAUAUGAUGAACCCCCCAAAAACUUUGAAGAGUCCUUUACAAGACAGUUUGGUCAAGGUAUUUCAGAUAUUUUUAUGAGACCAUAUAAUUUCAAGGUAUGGGCUGUACCAUUAAAACUAAUGAGUACCGAAUGGAUGGGAGAACGUGUUGCCACUGUAAAUGUGGAACGAAUAAGAAAAAAUAUCGAAAACAAUCAAGAUGAUUUGGGAUGGGGACCAAAUGCAACAUUCCGUUUUCCACAAUAUGGUGGAACAGGAGGAAUUUAUAGAGCCAUACAUGCAAAAUUACCUCAAAAAAAUUUAACAUUUAAUUCAUCUUAUCAGAUGGUGGCUAUUGACGCAGAUACUAAAACAGUGAAAUUUGCAAAUAAUGAAGUGAUAUCAUAUGAUUAUAUUUUAUCUACAGUUCCUUUGGAUGUUCUUCUACGUAUAACUCGAGGGACUAAGUUUACAAAUCGUAAUAAAUGGGAAACUUUUGCUGACAAGAUGAUGUAUAGUUCAACUAAUGUUAUUGGUAUUGGCAUUAAGGGUUCCCCACCAUCUCAUUUACGUAGUAAAUGUUGGAUGUAUUUUCCAGAAAAUACAACCCCAUUUUACCGUGCAACAGUUUUUUCAAACUACUCCAAAUAUAAUGCCCCAGAGGGUCAUUGGAGUCUUUUGCUUGAAGUUAGUGAAAGUUCUUAUAAACCUGUAAAUCAGGAGUCAAUAAUUAAAGAUUGCAUUUCUGGGUGUCUGGCUUCUAAUCUAUUAACUCCAGAAGAUGUGGUGGUAAGCAAAUGGCAUCACCGCAUAGUAAAAGGAUAUCCUACCCCUUUUAUUGGACGUAAUGAAAUACUUGAACAAGUGCUUCCUCAAUUAAAGAGUCAAUGUAUCUAUUCUCGUGGUCGUUUUGGUGCGUGGCGCUAUGAAGUAGGAAAUCAAGAUCACUCCCUUAUGCAAGGUGUGGAAGCUGUUAAUGACAUGCUUGGUAUUACAACUAAUGAAGAGUUUACCGUAAUGAAUCCGCAAAAAGUAAAUGGCACUCGUAGUAAUGUGCCUUGUACCCUUUUCCAACGAGAUAACUGA